AUGACGUGGGGGGGGGGGAGGGAGAAAGCAGUGCCGCUUGACCUGAAGUCGGCGGAGAGAGGAAGGCGCUGCGCGGAGUCCCGGCCGGGAAGCUUGGCGGCCGCUCCCGGGGAAGGGCAGGCGGGGGUGCGGCGGCGGGGAGCUUCGCCGAAGCGCGGCCGCACCCAGCUCGCCGGGCCAAGCACCUGCCGGAGCCCGGCCCCGCACAGGGCUCCGCGGUCGCCGGGCCCCGAUGGGCGAACGAGCCAGCGCCGGCCUGCCCCGGCACGCCGAACGGCACGUGUCGGGACAGGAGCCGGCACUCCCGGGCGGCCGCCCCGUCUCUCGCGCGGCCCGGGAACCUGGCGCCCCUCCGGCCUCCCGGGACCCGUCGCCUUGCGCCCGGCGGAGGAGCCCCGACAGUCCAGCCCCGCGGCAGGCGGACGCUCCUCGGCCCUGCCCAGCCCCCUUCCCUCGGCCCGGGAGGGGGGCGGACACCCCCGCGCCGACCUCCGCUCCCGGCCUUGGCCCCUCGAGAGCACCGCCCGCCCGCCCGCCGCGGGUCUCGGCCCGUCGCCCAUGCCGCGCGGCCGGUGGCCCCGUUUCCCCGACGGCAAACGGAGACGCCGCCAAAGAGGGGCCCCGGGAUCAGGCCCUUCCCGGCUGCCGCUCGGGCCGCGGCCCCACCGGGCGAGCCCCCUCGCCGGCCCGCCUGGCAGCGCCUGCUGGAGCGGCCGGGCGAACAAGCGUCCGACGGCCUCGUCGGGGGCGCCCGCCUUACCUUGCCAGGGGGAUGAGUGCCAAGAAGGCGGCAGCAGCAGGAAAGCCUCCACUUCGGAAAGGGGCAAAGCCCGCAGCUCCAGCAAAGGGGGUCCCUGGGAAGAUGCUGCCCUACCAAGCAACAGCACCAGACCCCAAGAAGUGUCCCUGAGCAGCCAUCCCAAAGAGCUGACGCGUGAAGCAAAGGCUGCGCUCACGUUGCAGAGUGCCUUCCGCCGCAUCUUGGCAUGUCGUGAGAGAGCGAGGCGAUUGCAAGAGCGACAGGAGUACAAUGAGUUAAUGGACCGCCUCCAGAGAGAGGCCUUUGCUGCGCUGGUGAAGAGGGAGCGAGAGGAAGCUGAGCGGGAGAGAAAGAAAGAGGAGGAAGAGAAGAAGAAGCAGCGGGAGGAGCAGCAGAGGAGGAAGCGGAUGUUGGAAGCGGCCUUUGAUGGGGAUGUGGAAGAGAUGAAGGCCGUCCUGAAGGAGAUUUGGUUUCUCAAGGUGGCAGACCUGGACACCAAGAGCGGCCUGGGGACAGAUGAGAGGGGCAAGGCUCUGCGCCUCCAACAUCGCCUCAACAUGGUGGACUGCACUGACGCCAAUGGCAACACCCCCCUCUCUGAGGCUUCUGGAGGGGGCCACCCUGAUGCCAUCCGGAUGCUGAUAGAGAACGGAGCCAACCCCAACAGCCGGGGCGCUUUUAACCGGACUCCUUUGUAUCGUGCUGCCUUUGCGGGCCACCUGGCAGCAGUGGAGCUGCUUCUCCAGCACGGGGCUGACCCUCGACUCUAUGCUGAUGACGGCAACACCCCAGAGCAGAUUGCUUCCCUGGACAGCUUGGUGGCUGUGCUGAACUCCUGGGACAUCAGCCUGACAGAGUCCAUGCUCCAGAAGAUGGAGGCGGAAGAGCAGCGAAGGGCGCAGCAGGACAAGAAGCAGAAAGAAGCAGAGACCCGACGGAUGACAGAGGAGGUAGAGCAGCUGGCCAAGGAGCACGAGAGAUGCAGCAAGGAGCUGCAGCAGGCCUACUGCGAGCUGAACCGGAGGAUCACAGAGCACGACAAGUGCCAGCGGAAGCAGAUGGACAACGCGGAGAUCACCCUCGGUGCUAUUGCGGACGCAGAAUCCCUGGUGCAGAGGCUUCGCGCGGCUGCCGAAGAUGCUGAGGAAAAGGUCUCCCUGGCCCGGCUGAAGCUGCGGGAGCAGAUGCAGGAAGGGUCAGCGGAAGAGUUCCAUGGCCUGAAGUGCUCUGUGCAGGAGCUGGAUGAUGUGCUCUUGAAAGACGUGGGUGGGAAAAUCCAUGCAGAUGGACGGUGGCCACUGGUCAUUGACCCUUCUGGGCAGGCAGCCAUCUUCCUGCGCUAUCGGGACACCAACUUUCUGAACACGGUGAACCCCAGCGACAUGGCUGAGGAGACCAUUCGCCUGGCAUUGCUGGGCUCUCUGCGAUAUGGGAAGCCCCUUGUCUUUGACAUGAUGGAGGUGAACAUGUUUGACACAGUGAAGAAGCAGCUGGAACGGCUUAAACCAGGCUUGGCAGAGGCACUGCUGGACAAGAAGAUCCUACAGAAUGAGAGGUAUCUCUCCCUACGGAGACCAACAGAUGGGCCUGAAUAUGCAGAGACAGAGUUUCAAGCAGCUCGAAUAGAAAAAUUCAAACUCUUCAUUGUAACUAAACAGCAGCAUCCUCCCGAAGAGAUGCUGCAGCGGCUCCUUCCGAUCCAGGUCAUCCUGUCCCGAAAGCGAGGCUUUCGGAGAGCCCCCUUCUCACACCAGCGUCCCUUUGCCCUGUGAAAAGUACAUCCCAGAGCCUUGGGGCCAGUCCUCACCUCAGCCAUGAAGCCUUUUCUUAGCACAACUCAUUCCCCUUGACUCUUGCAAGCAGGCAGGCAGGCAGGCUUGAAUGCAAAUAAAGGUUUCCUUGAAAA